CGCUUCUUUCCGGGCCCGUAGUGGCUGGGUUCCAUCCCACUCAAGGUAGGGGUGUGAUCUGAGCGCAGAUUCCCCGAGCCUUUGGGGCGUGAACGGGAUCUUCCCCCAGCUCUGUUCUGCAGUCAUCUGAGGCCACUGCCAUUUUCCAAGAGAAGAGCAAGGAGGGAGAAAGAAUGGCUGUUGGGCUUCUUAAAGCCAUGUAUCAGGAGUUGGUGACCUUCAGAGAUGUGGCUGUAGACUUCUCCCAAGAAGAAUGGGAUUGUCUGGAUUCUUCUCAAAGACACCUGUAUAGUAAUGUGAUGCUGGAGAACUACAGGAUCUUAGUAUCACUGGGACUUUGCUUUUCCAAACCAAGUGUGAUAUUAUUGUUGGAACAAGGAAAAGCACCCUGGAUGGUGAAGAGAGAGCUGACAAAAGGCUUGUGCUCAGGCUGGGAGCCUAUAUGUGAGACUGAAGAAUUAACCCCAAAGCAGGACUUUUAUGAAGAACAUCAAUCCCAGAAGAUAAUAGAAACACUUACAAGCUAUAACCUUGAAUACUCCAGUUUGAGAGAAGAGUGGAAAUGUGAGGGCUAUUUUGAAAGGCAACCAGGGAAUCAGAAGGCGUGUUUCAAGGAAGAGAUAAUCACUCAUGAAGAACCCCUUGUUGAUGAAAGAGAACAAGAAUAUAAAUCUUGGGGAAGUUUUCAUCAGAACCCACUGCUUUGUACACAAAAGACAAUCCCCAAAGAGGAGAAAGUACAUAAACAUAACACACAAAAGAGAAGCUUUAAAAAAAAUUUAAUGGGUAUUAAGCCCAAGAGUGUCUGUGCAGAGAAGAAACUUUUGAAAUGUAAUGACUGUGAAAAAGUCUUCAGCCAGAGUUCAUCCCUUACUCUUCAUCAAAGAAUUCAUACUGGAGAGAAACCCUAUAAAUGUGUAGAGUGUGGAAAAGCCUUCAGCCAGAGAUCAAAUCUUGUUCAACAUCAGAGGAUUCACACCGGAGAAAAACCCUAUGAAUGUAAGGAAUGUAGGAAAGCCUUCAGUCAGAAUGCACAUCUAGUUCAACAUCUGCGAGUUCAUACUGGAGAAAAACCUUAUGAAUGUAAGGUAUGUCGAAAGGCCUUCAGUCAGUUUGCCUACCUUGCUCAACACCAGAGAGUUCAUACAGGAGAGAAACCCUAUGAAUGUAUCGAAUGUGGGAAAGCUUUUAGCAACAGAUCAUCCAUUGCUCAACACCAGAGAGUUCAUACAGGAGAGAAACCCUAUGAAUGUAACGUCUGUGGGAAAGCGUUUAGCCUUCGUGCAUACCUUACUGUACAUCAGAGAAUACAUACUGGAGAGAGACCCUAUGAAUGUAAGGAAUGUGGAAAGGCCUUCAGCCAGAAUUCACACCUUGCUCAACAUCAGAGAAUUCAUACUGGAGAAAAGCCUUAUAAGUGUCAGGAAUGUAGGAAAGCAUUCAGCCAGAUUGCCUACCUUGCUCAGCAUCAAAGAGUUCACACUGGAGAGAAACCCUAUGAAUGUAUCGAAUGUGGGAAGGCUUUUAGCAAUGACUCGUCCCUUACUCAACAUCAGCGAGUUCAUACUGGAGAGAAACCUUACGAAUGUACUGUUUGUGGAAAGGCUUUUAGUUACUGUGGAUCCCUUGCCCAACAUCAGAGAAUUCAUACUGGAGAGAGACCCUAUGAAUGUAAGGAAUGCAAAAAAACCUUCAGGCAGCAUGCACACCUUGCUCAUCACCAGAGAAUUCACAUUGGGGAAUCACUGUCACCACCCAACCCAGUCAAUCACCAAGUCCUAUAGAUCCUGAAUCCUAAAUGUUUCUAGAAUUUGUACUCUUUUUUAUCUUUAAUGUUGUCACCUUGGUCCGAUUCAUCUCACUCUGAUUACUAAUAUAGCUUUCAAACAGG